AUGAGGUCUGAGGUGGGACCCACUCUGUGCAGAAAGCAAAGUCUUAUAGAAGAUGCGCGCAAGGAGAAGGAAGCAUCAGCAUUAACUGCGUCUGAUCCUAUGGCUGUAACAUGUGAGCAUCCUGAUGAAGGCAACAGCACCUUGAAUUUAAUUUUCACAAUCGGGAAAACCAGCGCUUCACCUUUUUCUAGCAGCCUCAAGAUUUUAGAGAAACACGGGGCUAUAAUAUAUCAUAUAGAAACCAGACCUGCUGAGAGUGGUAAGAAGAAAGGAGAAGAACUGGAGUGCUUUGUGAAAUGCUUCAUUCAUAAUUCUUCCACCUGUUCUUUAUUAUCCUCACUGAAGAAAAUAUCAGGCGAUGUGAAAGUAGACAAGGAUCAAACACCGCCUUCUUUUCCAAGAAAAGUCCAAGAUCUGGACAUUUGCCAGCACCUAAUUAUGAAAUUCGAACCAAAUUUAGACAAAGAUCAUCCAGGAUUUGGUGACCAGGAAUACAAGAAAAGAAGAGCAUAUUUUGCAGAAUUGGCUUUCAAGUAUAAAGAUGGAAAUGUUAUCCCAAGAAUUGAGUACACUGCUGAAGAAAUUGCUACCUGGAGACAAGUUUUCCAAACCCUAAGAAAUCUUUAUCCAAACUAUGCCUGCAAGCAAUACUUAGAUACAUUUCAUCAGUUGGAAAAAUAUUGCGGCUACACAGAAAGUUCGAUACCUCAACUCCAAGAAGUAUCCAAUUUCUUAAAAGAAAGAACAGGAUUUAAACUAAGACCAGCUGCUGGUUUACUUUCUGCACGGGAUUUCUUGGCGUGUCUAGCUUUCCGUGUGUUUCCAAGCACACAGUACCUGAGACAUCCUUCUGCAGUGAUGCAUUCACCAGAACCUGACUGCUGCCAUGAACUGCUUGGCCACAUCCCUAUGCUUGCUGAUAAAGAAUUUGCACAGUUUUCACAGGACAUUGGUCUGGCAUCUCUAGGAGCAUCUGAUGAAGAUAUUGAAAGACUGUCAACUCUGUACUGGUUCACCAUUGAGUUUGGACUCUGCAAGCAGAAUGGAUCAAUUAAAGCCUAUGGAGCUGGCCUGCUCUCAUCUUAUGGGGAACUCUUGUAUGCUAUGUCAAAUAAGCCUGAACUUAAGCCCUUUGAUCCAGAAGUCACUGCAAUACAACCGUAUCAGGACACUGCCUUUCAACCUGUAUACUUUGUGUCAGAAAGCUUUGAAGACUCCAAAGUAAAACUCAGAGAAUAUGCUCUGAAGAUGAAGAAGCCAUUCUGCCUAUGCUAUGAUCCCGUAACUUGCAGUGUUGAAAUCCUGGACUCUUUUCAGAAGGUCAGGACUGUCCUAUGUCAAAUUAAAGAUGAACUUAGGAGUCUAUGCUGUGCACUUGACAAGAUAUGUUAG